UUUUGGAACUUGGAAGCUAGAGAACUGCUUGCUCAGGUAGCUUCUGUGUUGUGUGCUUGUGUCUGUGUUUGUGUUUCUUUUGGAAGCCAAGGGGGAUGGAUAUGGUGGAGGUUCUGGGUAGAUUAUCAGUGCAAAAAGCUCAGUCUCCUGUAUGGAGGCCGACUUAUCUCAAGAGAACAGCCUUUAGACCCAAUUCUCUGUUGGGUUUCUGUGGACGGGGCUCUGGCAUGUCGACCACUGUCCGUUGCUGCUCCGUCGAGUCAAAACCGGCCACCGGUGAAGUGUUCUCUAUCACUUCGUCAGCUAAGUCUGAAAUUGAUUACUUGGGGCAGAGCACGAAAGGGGACAUGAAUGUCAAGAAGGAGCAUCUCGAUGCCUCUGGUAUUGAUAGUCAGGCAACCUUAGAGGGUCCAAUCGAAGAGAUAGCUUGGAUGGAGGCUAAAGAAGCUGAGAAAUUGCUAAAUAACCUAGGAGUGCCGGACCCCUUCUCAUCAAGAUAUUCUCCUCGCGGAAUAUUUUGUAGCCGGACAUUAAAUCUUCGGUCGAUAAGUGCUAUAGGUUAUGACAUGGACUAUACAUUGAUUCACUACAAUGUGAUGGCAUGGGAAGGGCGGGCUUAUGACUACUGUAUGGACAACCUAAGAAGUAUGGGAUUUCCUGUUGAUGGACUUGAGUUUGAUCCCCACUUGGUCAUUAGAGGCCUUGUUGUGGAUAAAGAGAGAGGCAACUUGGUUAAGGCUGAUCGAUUUGGUUAUGUUAAGAGGGCUAUGCAUGGUACUAGGAUGUUAUCCACUCGAGCUGUAAGUGAGAUAUAUGGGAGGGAGCUCAUGGAUCUGCGGAAUGAAAAUCGAUGGGAGUUCCUUAAUACACUUUUCUCUGUUUCUGAAGCUGUAGCAUUUAUGCAGAUGGUUGACAGAUUGGAUGAAGGUGCUGUAGCUGAAGAACUUGGCCCACUUGAUUAUAAAGGACUCUACAAGGCUGUUGGUAAAGCCCUUUUUCGAGCACAUGUAGAAGGUCAGCUUAAGAGUGAGAUAAUGUCUGAGCCUGAACGGUAUGUUGAGCCUGAUCCAGAGCUUCCUUUGGCACUCUUGGAUCAAAAGGAGGCUGGUAAACGGCUGCUGCUUAUUACCAACUCGGACUACCAUUAUACAGACAAAAUGAUGCAACAUGCUUUUAAUAGAUUUCUCCCCAAUGAGAUGGGCUGGCGAGAUCUUUUUGACAUUGUUAUUGUCUCAGCAAGGAAGCCGGAGUUUUUCCAAAUGUCACACCCAAUGUAUGAGGUUGUAACUGGUGAGGGUUUAAUGCGUCCUUGCUUCAAGGCCCGUCCAGGGGGCUUGUACUCUGGAGGAAGUGCUCAGAUGGUUGAAAGUUCAUUAGACAUUCAUGGGGAUGAAAUAUUAUAUGUUGGUGACCAUAUUUACACGGAUGUUAGUCAAUCCAAAGUCCAUUUACGAUGGAGGACUGCGUUGAUUUGCAGAGAAUUGGAAGAAGAGUAUAGUGCUUUGCUUCAUAGUCGAAGUCACAGAGCGGCUCUUAUAGAGCUUAUAAAUCAAAAGGAGGUAGUAGGGGAUCUUUUCAAUCAACUUCGCCUUGCUCUGCAACGGCGAGCUAAAGGACGCCCUGCUCAGACUCUAGCUGCAACAAAAAUGGAUGAUCAAGAACUGACAGAGAGAAUUCAAAAGCUACUUAUUGUUAUGCGAAGGCUGGACCAGAAAAUUGGUCCUAUGUUAGAAGCAGAUGGGGAGUACUUUAACGAAAGGUGGGGUUUUCUUUCACGCGCAGGUUUGUGGGACAAAAGUCAUCUGACAAGACAAAUUGAGAAAUAUGCUGAUAUAUAUACUUCAAGAGUUUCAAAUUUCCUACUCUAUACACCAUUCAUGUAUUUUCGCUCCCAGGAACAAAGCCUUGCACAUGAUGCAUACUCCAACCUCCUUCCUGACCUUGAUAGCUUUUCUGUCAAUAGUCUGAAGAAGUCUCCUUCCUUGUAAGUGAAACUAUUUCAGAGUGACAAUGAAAGAAUGAAUGAGGGUUAUGUUGAUCACAUGUUAGUCAGUUAGCACUAGAACAUAUACAAAUGUACAUUGGUCCAAGUAAAGUUUAUUUAUGUAUAUGGGGUUUGUAGUUCAGAAGUUCUGCAUUUCACCCGGCUUGUAACAAUGUAACAUGGUUUGCUGUGUUAUUGACACUACCCUGAAAAUGAAUAAAUGAUGUAAUGGUAUAAAACAGAGUUGCUCCUUUUAUAAAACAGGUCAGUAUAUUUGAUUGAUAGAGUAAA